CCAGUGAUCUGGGCACUGGCAUAUGGCAGUCUGCACCUCUUGCCAUUAAAGCAAAUGGUGCUUCCAAUGGCUUUCUUUCAAUAAUAUCUUUGCUGUCAUCAUAUUUGGUCUUUAGUCAAACCCAAAUGUGGGCAGAACCAGAGGCAGAGAGGUCAAGGGAGUUUUUAAUGACUAAAAAUAAAGAUUUACUCUGCUGGCAUGAAGAUGUCAGAGCACGGAAAUAGUCGAGAGGGUAACAGAAGAAUCAAGUAAUGCACAAUGAACAAAGGAGAGUAAAUUACGAGGAAAGGGUGAUGAAUGACACUGGAUCAAGGUAAGCUUGAUCAGUGUGAAUGCAGAAGAGCUGUGGUAGAAUGAAAGCAAGGAGACUGAGGGAGGGAGACAAAUAAACACAGAUAAUAGACAGGGAACUGAACUGAGACACAAAAUGAUAUAUUAAAGAGCUUAACAAAAUGGACAGCAGGAAGAACACAAGAAAGAAGUAACUAAACACAACGGAGUAAACACUUGGCCAUAACCCAAUACAAAACUAAUAACAGAAAAAUGAACUGAAUGGCGAUAAAAAGCCCCAGAAAUGAUCAGAAAACAAGCACAUGAAAACCAAUACACAAACACCAGUGAAUCAUGACAAUUCUUGCCAUAGUUCUAUUAAAUACAGAUUUAAAAAAAUAAUAAUAAAUCGCACUAUCUUCUUUAUGUUACCCUACUUCAUAAUGGUUUGUGGCAUAAAAUCCCAAUCCAGAACCUGACAAUUUGUGACAUGUGGCCAAAUAUGAAAAAGCUCAUAUAGUAUGACUAUUUUAGCAAGCACUCAUAAAUCUCCCAAAUACUAAUUUCUUUUUUUCUGUCAGUGUAACCUCUUUCUUUUGAAGAAAAUUGAAAAUUACAAACGUUAUAAAUGGUUUCCCUGCUUCUUUAACUGCAUAUUGCACCACUCACCCACACGUUCUGCCUCUUUCUGAGAAAGAAAGGCACACCUACAUGAUCAGACAGAAUCCACACACACGGUGUCGUGCUCCUGCACAAGUGGCUUCUGUGCUGUUGUGCAUUGUAACUGCAACCUUGUAUGAAGAAUACCAUGUGACGCUGCUGCGACACCAAAGGUGUAAAACUCAAGAAACUUCAUUGUUGAGAAUGUUGUUAAAGCAUUAAACACCUCAUAAGUUUAUCAUGUUGGUGGUGGCUGAGUCAGAAAGACAGCGUUUCCCACACAAAUGCUCAUCAGCAUUCCCAUUUCACCAACUUAAACUUGCAGAACUAACAGAGGGGCUUGCUGUAUGUUUUAGCCACAAGUAAAUGUUUUAGUUUAUUCAUUAUACCAGUCAUCCCACCAGGCAUAUGAGCCACCGAGGCAGUUGCUAGGAGCUUUUCUUUGUCAAAUGUACACAACCCAAUCUGUUCUCCACAUUGCUGCAUUGGUAUUUUUUGCUUGGAAGCCACUCCAUGAGGAACGCUUAAAUAAUCUGAGGACACAAUGGUUACAAGAAUGUUAUCUUUGCUCUAUUUAUAAGUUUAAAGGUUUUUACUAACCCUUUUCUACAGCUGUCGAUGUAGCCGUCAGUGUAUGUUACUUCAAAACAUAAACAAAUUUCAGUAAAAAUUGUGGCGUGCUUUUAUAAUCAGCCCUAUUUACUCUGGUGCUCCUAAAUAAAAUCCUGCUCAACCAAUUGCCCCCAGAUGUCAACAAGUAAGUAAAGCCAAUUUAGAUUCUAGAAAAAAUAUCUUAAUCUUCACUGCUCUAAAUAUGCUCAAGUCCAGGGACAGUCCAAUACUUCAUUUAAAAAUAAAAGUCUACACCAAAAAAAAAAAAAAAAAAAAAACAUUUUCCACAAGUCAUCAGGAAGAUACAGCAAACGGGAAGAAGAAGUUGGUCCAGUCAGAUAAGACCAAAUUUGAACGUUUUGUCCCAUGUCAUUGGGGGCAGAAAACAAAGAAGGGAUAAAAAAAAAUGAUUGGAGCUAAAUUAAGGGGACAAUUGGAUCAUAUUACAUCAUCACAUUAUUAAAAGGCUUUAGAUUGGAGAAGAAGUUCACCAAGGAUCAUGAAUACUUUUUAAACAUUGCAUGGGUUUCAAGACGAAUGCUCAACAGAACUCAUGUAUCAUUGAUGUUAAGCAAUAGCAAAGUAAAGAGAUGCUCCUUCUAGUAGUGGUGGGAAGAUUAACCGGCCUGCAUUGAGCCACUGACAAGCGCAUGCGUAAUAGGAAUACAUUGGUAAGACAGCUUUAAAUUUCUUUGAAUAAUAAUGAAAAAUCUAAUUACACUGGAUUUUAUCUCAUUGUAUCGGUUAAAUUCGAUAGUAAUGCAAAACAAAAAAAUACAAUAAGAUAAAACAACUUAUUGACCAAACAGCGCUUCUUGUAAACCGCAAAGCAGUGUCGCCAACCAGCUGCCACAAGAUGAAGAAAAUGUGCGGGCAGGCGCGCAUACGUGAUCACAACUAGCAAACAUGGCGGAGCCACGGGAACCGAUGCAUUCACCUCCACACUGUAAAUGUAAGGUUUGGCAACGACAUUAAUUUUAUACGAGAAACGGACAUCUUGGUGAGGCAAAUGCGAUUUUAAAAGUGUGCCACGCUGCUGUCAAAUACACUGGAACCAGGAAUAAUUUUAUAACUCAUUUUAAACUACACAUGGAAUCGUGGAGAUGCCAAUCAGUUCACCGUCUUCAGAGGCAGAUUCACAUCGUUCUUCUUCCUUCAGUUCCACACAUGAAGUACAGGUACCAGGAUGAGGAGACGCCCCCCUUGGAGCACAGCCCAGCACAUCUGGCUCCAGGGAAAAGUGCAGAAAUGCUUCAUAUGAGUGACAAGAACCUCGCUGCCAUGGAGGCCAUACAUGGCUACACGCCACACACGCAUAUCUCUCCUGUCAAGCCUGUGUUGAUGUCCACGGGACACACUCCAAUGUACACCUCCGCAGUUUCCACACUGGGAAACACUCCUCCAGUGGUGGUGAACACUGACACACUUGAUGGUUCGCCAUAUGUAAAUGGGACAGAAGGAGAAAUUGAGUAUGAGGAAAUCACAUUGGAAAGAGGCAAUUCGGGCCUGGGCUUCAGCAUAGCAGGGGGCACAGACAACCCUCACGUCGGGGACGACCCCAGUAUCUUCAUCACCAAAAUUAUACCGGGAGGAGCCGCAGCUCAGGACGGACGGCUCAGCGUGAACGAUUGCAUCCUCUUUGUGAAUGAUGUUGAUGUGAGGGAGGUGACACACAGCCAAGCUGUAGAGGCCCUGAAGGAGGCAGGUGCUAUUGUCCGCCUCUAUGUUCUCCGCAGAAAACCAGCAGCAGAAAAAGUCACCGAAAUCAAACUAAUCAAAGGGCCUAAAGGAUUAGGUUUCAGCAUCGCCGGAGGCGUGGGAAACCAGCACAUACCGGGAGAUAACAGCAUCUACGUCACCAAGAUCAUCGAAGGCGGGGCGGCUCAUAAAGACGGCCGCCUGCAGAUCGGGGACAAAAUCUUAGCGGUGAACAACGUGUGUCUGGAGGAUGUGAUGCAUGAGGACGCGGUGGGAGCUUUGAAGAACACAGCUGAGGUGGUGUACCUCAGGGUGGCCAAGCCAAACAACCUCUUUCUGACAAACUCCUACAACCCGCCAGACCUCACCAGCACAUAUUCCCAUAUGGAUACUGAACUUAGCCACCCCAACUAUCUUGGAUCAGAUUACCCACAAGCCCUCACCCCCACCUCGCCGAGUCGCUUUUCUCCUGUGCUGCACGGCCUGAUGGGAGAUGACGACAUACCCAGAGAGCCUCGCAGAGUCUUGAUUCACCGAGGCUCCACGGGUCUGGGCUUCAACAUUGUAGGGGGAGAGGAUGGAGAGGGCAUAUUUAUCUCCUUCAUCCUGGCAGGAGGGCCAGCCGACCUCAGCGGGGAGCUUCACAAGGGCGACCAGAUCCUUAGUGUGAACGGCGUGGAUUUGCGCAUGGCCACGCAUGAGCAGGCUGCCGCGGCUCUGAAGAACGCUGGCCAGACCGUAACCAUCAUCGCUCAGUACAGGCCCGAAGAGUACAGCCGUUUUGAAGCUAAAAUCCAUGACUUGCGGGAACAGCUGAUGAACAGCAGCAUGGGCUCUGGGACUACAACACUAAGAAGCAACCCAAAGAGAGGCUUCUACAUCAGGGCUCUUUUUGACUACGACAAGACGGCGGACUGUGGUUUCCUCAGUCAAGCCCUGGGCUUCAAGUUUGGGGACGUUCUGCAUGUGUUGGACUGCGGCGAUGAAGAAUGGUGGCAGGCCCGGAAGGUCAGCCCGCAGAAUGAGGCUGAGGAGGUUGGCUUCAUCCCCAGCAAACACAGGGUGGAAAGAAAAGAGUGGUCUCGUGUUAACACCAAAGAGAGGGACCACGGUCGAGACAGUGUGGGCACUCAAGGGAGAGAUAAAACCCCACACAGUUAUGAGACAGUUACUCAAGUGGAAGUACAUUACGCAAGGCCGAUCAUCAUUCUGGGUCCGGUGAAGGACAGGAUAAAUGACGACCUGUUGUCCGAGUUCCCUGAUAAGUUCGGAUCCUGUGUCCCUCACACAACGCGGCCUAAGAGGGAUUAUGAGGUGGACGGGCGAGACUAUCAUUUUGUGUCCUCCAGGGAACAGAUGGAAAAGGACAUCCAGAGCCACCGGUUCAUUGAAGCCGGGCAGUACAACAGUCAUCUGUACGGCACCAGCGUGCAGAGCGUCCGCGAGGUGGCCGAGCAACAGGGAAAACACUGCAUCCUGGAUGUUUCAGCUAACGCUGUGCGUAGACUACAAGCUGCUCAACUUCAUCCCAUCGCCAUCUUUGUCCGGCCCAAGUCACUGGAGAAUGUUUUAGAAAUCAACACUCGACUGACAGAGGAGCAGGCCAGGAAAGCAAUGGACCGAGCCCUCAAACUAGAACAGGACUUCAUCGAGUGCUUCUCAGCCGUCGUGGAAGGGGAGAGCUUUGAAGAGGUUUAUCACAAAGUAAAGACAGUGAUCGAGGAGCAAUCAGGGCCUUACAUCUGGAUCCCCACUCGGGAGAGGCUGUGAUGCUGCAACCGACCCGACUUGCCCUCGCCUCCCGACCCUCACAGCCACAGACCGCCGCCGCCAUUCACCCUUCACAGCCGAGCCAGCCUCGCCUGCCUUCCCGUCCGUCCUCCAGCGAAGUCCGUGCUUAGGCGAUCGCCGCUUAGCGACACAGAGAGACUAAUGCCUGCAAAGAGCGGGAAAGCACGGGAAACGACACCGCGAGGCAAGUAAGGAUACCAAAAAGGAGACUUUUUUUAAGAAAAAAAAAAACAACAACAACAAGGUGAACAAGCUGAUGUGUAGUUCAACUGAAAGAGAUCGGGAGAAAAGAUUUUAGUCUAAUUUUACUUUACCAUUUAGGAUCAGUUGGUAUUUAGUAUUAAAAUGAACGCUGGAUUUAAACAAUGGAUUUAAAUUGGCCAAAAUUAACUUACAUUCAACAAAGAUCCGGUUUAAUGUUUCGGCCAUUGAAAAUCCACACACAGACGGCCGCGUUAGGCAGACUUUAACUGCAUUUUGCACCAUCCUGUAUGCGAGCUGCGGUCCAUGUUCUGUGGAUCCCAAAAGCGUGUAGAUGUGUCUGAGUAGACUUUGGAAUAAAGCAGAGGGUAGACCUCACUUCUAUGUGACAGUGAUCCCUGGGACGGAGAUGCUAACAAAAGAGCCUUUUAGCAUCUCUUUUUUUUUUUAAACAACCUCCUAGUAUCUUUGGAGAGUACUUCAGAUUCUAGCGAGGCUCGCUCCCUUGACUAGGAGUCUUUUCUCAGCACUUUUUGUCAGUCUCUUCUUGGUUCUUGGUGCACACUUGAAACAACAUCUCUGUAACCAAGACAAACAUUUCUUCUGUUGCCCAUUUUAAAUAUUAUGAGGCAGAUUUUAGCGGCGUUGCAGUUAAUUUUGAUUAAAAGCUCUUUAAGCUGAAGCAUGCAUCUUCACCGAUGGAGUUAUGGGAGAAAAACAGAAGAAAGAAAAAAUAGGAAAAACAAAGAACGGCUAAAAGGUACAGUAUCUUGCAAAAAUAUUUGAACUUUCUCACGUUUUGUCAUGUUCAAACCGCGACCUUGUAUGAUUUGCAAUAGGUGACCAGAAUAUUGUUCGUAAUUGUUAAGUGAACGGAUAAGGAUUUUUUUACAAAUCUAAAUUUGAAAAACCUCCUUGUACAUUUGCAUUCAACCCCCACGAGUCAAUUCUUGGUAGAAACUCUUUAAAAAUACAAAAGCUAAAAUGACUUUAUCUAGUCUGGAAGAGUCCAAGGCGCUUUACGCAUCUAUUCACACACUGAUGAGGGCAAGCGACUACAUUUUACUCUGUUUUGCUCAUUCAAACUGGACGGACACUGUGUGUCACGAUCAUCUUUGAAGCGUUGCCAGAGAUUUCUUAUUGGGUUUAGUUCUCGCCUUUGACUGGGACAUUCAGGUGCAUUAUUAUCAUUCUUUGAUCGCAACCGUUCCAUUGCAGCUCCGGCUAUAUGUUUAAAGUCUUUUCUCGGAGAUGAAUCUCUCCCCCCAGUGGAUUGUUCCCAGGAUAAUCCUGCGCUUAUCUCCAUUUAUCCAUCAGAUUUGACCAGCUUUUGUGUCCUUGCUGAAGAAAAACAAUAUGAUGCUGCCACCACUCUGUGACUAUGUGUGGACGGUCUUCUCAGGCUGAUGUGUAGUUAAAGAAAGUUACUUCAGCUUUUCAAUCUAAGAAGUGUUAUCACUUCUUAAUAGAGGUCUAAAUUUAAAUGUGCACCGCUAUUUUCAGAUUUUUAUUCAUUAAAUAUUUUUUUAAUAAUGUACCCCUUUCUUCCCACUUCACAAAUGUGCACCACUUUCCGCUGGUCUGGCUCGUAAUACUCCAACAUUUGAAGUUUUGAGGUCGUUGCAUGACAAAACGUGGUAAAGCUCGAGAUAAAUGGAUCCUUUUGCAAGGCACUGUAUGUUCUUCUUCUCUGCCUCUUUAUUGCAAGGGAGGGUUUUAGCAUGUCUCGUAAAAGAAGAGGAGUAAAGAGACAAGAGGCUGGCCUUGAGUGGAAACUGAUAAUCCGACACGGUUUGGCUUCUUAUGCACACACGCCCCGCACGCAGAACACACGUACAACCUCGCAUCCCAUCCAGCGACCCUCACACACACACACACACACGCCCACACACCCGCACACGCACACACGUGGAGUUGGACCCUCAGCUGUGAACCUGGCACACCCGUCUGCAGCUGUUCUGACCUGCUAGUCAGAAUCCAGGAUGAAUGUUAUCUCUCCAGGCACAAACAGCAGAGCUCUCGGCUUCACCUUGCUGGUCACUCUUCCAGGAGAUCCCCUUUCAACGCGCAGACACGCACACUGUUUCCAGUGGCCGCGGUAUAAGCCAUUGCGUGUGUGUCUGCAUCCGUAAGCAUCUCUGCACAGCUGUGCAUGUGUGGAAACUCCUCUCUGUGUGUGUAUGAGGAGGAAUAGGUCUUCUUUUAUUCUCUCUCUUCCACUUUUCUCUGCUUCUUUCUCCCUCACGAGUCCACACAAAUUAACUAUAAGUCAUGUUUAAAGACUAUUUAAAAAAAAAAGAAAUGGCCUCUAUAUAUAAAUAUAUAUAUAAAUAUAUAUCUUUUUUAUGACAAUUUGUAACAGGACUAAGUCUGUAAAGAAUAAUCAACAUUUCCAAAUAAUAUUUCAUUGAUUUCUUUGGGUAAAACAGUAUUUUAGUUGUUGGGUUUACCCCCAUAUUCUCAUUUUAUUGUUGUUAAGCAAAAAGCAACACAGAUAGAAAAAAAAUGAACCAUUUAAAGCAAACCUGACAUAAAUAUGAAAGGGUAAUAUUUGGGGGAAAAAAAGUAAAAAAAAAAGUACUAAUUGAGAAACAUGUGCAAUGCAGCUGCGUGUCUCUGUGUGACUGAAUGUGUGUGUUUGUUGCAGGAAAGCGUCCAUUAUGUAUAAAAUAUAGAUAAUGCUAUAAGAGGAAUCCAGCCUAUGGUGGUUAUGAUGUAUUAUACAUAAAUGAGUGGCGUGAGCUUGUGGGUGCGUGCGUGAGAGGGUGAGACACACACGUGGAGAUGUAGUGCAAUACUGCCAUGAUGUUAUGCAAUGAAGAUGGUUUUAUGUGUAAGAUUAACAAGAGUAUCUAUGAAGUUUGCACUGAUGGCUACUAAACGUUGGACAUGUCAGCAGGACAGAAACAGCGACUGAAGGAGAAACGAAAAGAGACGGAGAGUUUUAAGAGCAUGUGUUUGUAUUAUAUGUUCUGAAUUAUAAGAGUGAAUAUGGAAGUAUUGAUGGAAAUAACCAUUCAUAUUUUUUUUGUUUUUGUUUACCUGCUUCUCUCAGCACAAAGUGGAUCUGCUUUUUAAUGAAUGGCAGUUUUUGGGGUUUUGGUUUACAGGUGCAUGUAAAUAAAUCUGGAAAAAACAAAAAGAUUAUAAUCAAAAGUCACUUUACUUCUGUAAUCAACAUGGAAAAUUCAUAUGUAGGUACGCUGCACACAGUGAUAUAUUUCAAAAUUUAUUUCUGUUAGUCUUAUGAUUAUGGCUUGCAAAAGAUUUGACUAUUACAAACCAAUUAAGUCAUUAAUAAAUGAAGAAGAAGAAGCUGCUUGUUCAAAGAGUACAGGCAAAAUAAUGGAAAGUUUGGUGGAAGAAACACAUGGUGACAGUUUUUACAGAGCCACCACACAGUGACCAGUCCAGGAGAAGAGCUGCAGAUGUUACAUUCCUUGUGCUAAGCCUGUCCUGCAAUGGAAGCAAUAUCAGUGUCUGAAUAUUUACUUUUGAUGGAGAUUUUAAUUUUUUUUUUACCCAGUCUCUUAAAAGUGCCAAUAUAAAAUAAAUCUGGUUUAUAAAUUCGAAUCCUGUAGACAAGCUACGAGCUUCCAUGCAGCAGCGUAUCGAUACGAUGCAGUUUUAUGCAAAAGAAGCCCAAAUCAAGUAUUCAGUGCAUGUACUAUACAAUAGGCCUGUCACGAUGACAAAUUUUGCUGGACAAUAAAUUGUUCCAGAAGUUAUUGCGAUAAAUGAUAAUACUGUUGUUUUGAGACCAUUUUUAAGUAAUAUAAUGUCAAACUUAUAAUGCAGGAGCACAUUCUCAAAGAUCAGUAAACUUUAAAUUCUACUGGACAUUUAACACUGGAACUGGAAGACAUGUUAAAUAUCCAAAAUAAGUAAGUAAAGCAACAAAUAAAAUGAGUUUUGAAGUCUUCGUAAACACAAUUGUCGUAGUUGAGACCAAAGCACCAAGCUGAAGACUUUUAUCAUCCAGUUUUUGGUAGAAAGAGAGAAAAAAAAAACAGAAAUAAACGAUAAAUAAUACCGAUGGAAAUUGUUGAAUUUACUUCGGUUUUUUUAUGUGAUUAAUUGAUUUAUUGAUUAUUGUGACAGGCCUGUCCAGUACAUGGAGUUACUUUUCAGUAUGUUAUCAUUCCUGGACGUAAAAUGUUCUUUCAUUAGUCUUAUGUAAUAGCUUAACUAUAACUCUGGGAAAUUGAAUUCUGCAUAUUUGUUAGCUGUAAGCCAUAGUCAUCAGAAUUAAUGGGGGGAAAAAAGAGAAAUAAAUCAAUGUGUUCAGUAGCCACCUAUUUCACUUUUUUAAAUUGAAUUUCUGAAAAGAAAAAAAAACAACUUUUCGAUGAUAUUCUGUUUUAAGAUGCAUCUGUUUUACUUAUUAAGAACUGUCACUAAAGCUCCAUAUCGAGUCGAGUCUGUAUAUUUUUGUAUUUUUCUUUCUUUCUUUUUUUUUUUUCGGCCUCCCCGCCCCACACUGAGAAAGCUCUUGGGUCUUGGAUGCAAAACGCUGUAAAUACAAAUAAUGUUUGGUUUUUUUGGCGUGGCUCUCGGCGAUCACUAUCCUGAACGAGACCAAGUACGAGGACCCUCCAUGGGAGCCACGGGCCCAGUUUAACUGCAUUUACACACUCUGGGUGGGAAAAAACACACAUAUUUAUACACACACACACGCGCGCGCAAUCUCAGCAUGUCUACACAUGCAUUUACAUUUACAACACUCACAGAAGUGACAACUCACACUCAUUGAUUGAAUAAUAUGUUUUCAGUUUAUUUCUUUGAGGGUUUCAAUGUAUUUCUUAAUAUCUCUCUCUCUCAGCCAUCCAUAUCAUAGUGUGAUAUUCCUUAUAAAGUAUAUGAAUUUUUACAGAAAAGACUGAUUACAAAGUUACAAACUGAUGCAGAAGAAUAUAUUCAAUAAUGACAUUAUGAAGCAAAAUAAAAUGUUCCAGUUCAGUGAAGCGCUUGUUGUAAAUUAGCUAUAAAAUAAUAAAAAUGGAUUUAAAAAUG